AUGAGAAUCUUCAUCAAUAACGCCGAUACUUACGUUGGAAGUGCGCUAUGUGCUGACCUGCAAAAUAUUCUCGAGACACCUACUAGGAUUUAUGCUACCCUAAAAGGAGGGGAGGAGUGCCAGGUCCCUCUGCCAGUGAAGAGGAUAGUGUCUCGUAGAGACCACUGUAACAUCCUCAAGGCUACCGCUCAAUCACAACUGGCUGUGUUCGAUCUUCACAGUAGCGAUCUUGAAGAGGUUGACUUUGUGUUAAGAAGACUUAAGUCGGAGCCGAUAGAUCAGCCGCUGGUAUUGAUAUUGAUAUCCAACGUAAUGGUCUGGGCAAAAACCAAGCCAAGCAAUGCUGGUGAAGCGUCUGUGUCUGAGUCAGCGCGCGAUGAUGCUUCCGCUGCGGACCAGUUCACGACACCGACCCUUCCCGUAAAGUUACCUCGCAUGCUCAUGCUAGAUCAUAGUGGAUGGCGUCGAGGUAUUCACAGAUGCCGAGUGGUGCAGACGGGUGCCUUCGAGUCGCUAUUGGAGUUGGAAAACACUGGAGACGUUAGCUCUAUCAUUGAACUCCGUGGAGAACAUUACGUCGUACGUCGUUUGCUCGGGGAUACUCUACGGGAACGGUACGACGACUUUCGUGCGGCCUGGUUGGGACAGGAGACCCAUAGAAUCAUCGGCGACGGCGACAACAUCAUACCGACUUUACACGUACGCGACUUGGCCAGAUGCGUGAAGCACUUAUCUGCGGCAACCGAAAAACAGCCUUACAUUGUAGCGGUUGAUGAGAGUUUCACUGACCAGAAGGGAAUUCUCACAGCCGUCGUAAACCACCUGGGUGCCGGCGUCCCGAUUCCAAGUAUUUCGCGCGAUCAAGCGGUAGCUUGCCUUGACGGGCGUGAGCCUUUCCUCCUUGACCUUCGUUUCCGUGCGUCGGAUUUCUUGCACCAACCUGAAUUCUCUUGGUGGAGUAAGGAGGGCCCUGUGGCUGCCAUUGAGAAGCUCAUCGAAGAAUUCUGCACUUGGAGGAACUUGCGUCCGCUGAAGUUAGUUCUGAUUGGACCUCCAGCCUCAGGAAAAUCUUUCUAUGCGACGAAGGUUGCCGAGAACUAUCGCCUCGCACACAUAACCGUUGGGCCUGUUAUCGAAGGAGCAUUGAAACGGGGUAGGGAGGUGAAGGAACUGAUUGACCCGGAGAACCAGGAAGACGGGAUAGAGGCAGUGGAUGUUGACUCUCUGCUUGAGAAGGACCGGUAUGGCAAGUUUACGAUAUCCAAUUUGCUGGGCUCGUAUGCCGAGCUCAUCCACGAGCUCUGUGGAUAA